GAAAAUGGUUAAAGUGGUCGUGUCUGCUUUGAUUGAUCCGGCAAGUGAGAAGAGAUCAAUGUACCUGUCUGGGGGUCUCGAUUUCAGGUGGGAGUGGGACACGGUGUGACUUGGCAACUGGCAAGCCUGCAUGAGUUUUUUUUCAACGUCUGACAUUAUAUAGCUAUUAUUGUAUGGUCAGUCAAUGUACUGUGGGUAUCACAAACCACCAACCGUUUAGGAUAAAGCAAACGUAACGAUGUGCUUUCUCAACUGACUGCCAGUCGCUGUAGAAUCAAACAAGACAGUGAAGAUGGAAGAGCCAUAGAGUCUGACAUACAUUUCAUCUGUCAGUCACCUCCACAACCAGGAAGCUCAGAAAAAAGAGAAUAUCACGAUGCUGUAAAGGUUUGCACUUCAACACUGUUGAUGGCGGCAGAUGUACAACCACCUUUCGCGUCCCGUUCCAAGGUCAGGUUCGAGGGCCUCAGCGUACACAGUAGCAGCAGGGAGAACACGGAGUGCAACGUCAUCGACAGUGACCUCGACAGCCUGACUUCUGCCUUGUCAGAACUGGAGAAAGAAUUUCACGACGAGAAGAAAAAUGAAGAAGAUAUCUCAGCAGUUGAGAGAGAACAGGUGUCAUCAGACAAAGGUUUGGUUCAAGAGGAAGAAAACACAGGAAGACAGUUAGUGGUUACACCUGUAUCUGAGGGUACCACUGGAAGGACCCUGGUACAAACGGCCAUCCCGUAUGGAUUUCAGCACAGACAGAUGUAUGAACACAACAAGAAGCUGACUGAUGUAAUUGAUGUGGCCUUCAAUGGGCGGCUGCGGAUGUUCAGUAUCCUGGACACACGGGGCAUCACGUGCUGGUACAGUGAUGUCAUCGUGGGACAUCCUGUUGUCCGUAGCCUUCAUUACCCAAAGUACAUGUUCAAUGUCAUCAAGAAGAUCGCCUUCUCCAAGAAGUACAACGUUUACUUCACCCUGGGAAAAGACUUCUCCCUAAAGGUGUACAACAAGAACUUUGAUGAGACAUGCAAAGUAGAGAACCAUGACCUGAAGUCUGUGCUGUUCAUGCUGUGGAACCCCGGGAGGGACGAGCUGAUCACCGGGGGGGUGGGGGGCACCAAGGUGUGGCAGUUCACCAAGAGGUUGGAGAUGAUGGCAGACAUACGACCCAUGUCCAACUACAGGCUGGUGCUGAAACAUGAGUGGCCAAAUGUGGGAGGCAGCUGGGCCCGUUAUGUGCAGCUGGACCUGAACAUGCAGCAUCUAUACUGCUGUACUGAGACAGAUCUGUACUGUUACAGCACUGAGGGACAGCUGCUGUACAAGAUCCUCAGAGCCCACAAGACCUUCAUCACAGGUUGCCAGUUCUCCCAGCAUGCCAAGCUGCUGGUCACCAGUAGUCAUGACUUUGAAGUUAAGGUAUGGAGCAUCAAGGGCGGACUUGUUCACGUGUUCCGUGGUCACUCCCGCAGUGUGACCCAGCUGGUGCUCCACCCCGCAACAUCCGCACUCGUCCUGACCUCCUCACUGGACGGCACGGUCAAGAUGUGGUCACUGGACACCAUGGACAUUGUCUACAGCCUGAGCCUGCACAAAGAAGGUAUCCAGUGGAUGGGACUGACCAAUGACAACCUGCUGUACUGCGCCUCCCCGCGACGCAUCAGCACCUGGUACCUCAACCACGUGGUCGACUUCUGGGCCCACGCUCGCUGCCGGGCACGUUCACUCACCGUCGUCCCCGCAACAGGGAAGAGCAAGAGGGUCAUGCUCGUGGGAGAUGACUCCAGUGUACGCCUGUUCUCUCGGAAGGAGCGUAAGAACCUGUCCACGGUGCUGCCUCCCCCGUCCAUCUCCCCAUUCCAACAGGUGGAGUGUGUGGCGUACAGCAGAACCCACAACAUGGCCUUCCUGCUCAUCAACCCAUGGGAGAUAUGGGCAUACACCACCAAGAGUGACCCAGCCUGUCGCCACCUUGUGUGGGACAUAGCUGAGAUACAGGAGGAGUACGUCACCAAGGCUAAAGAAGCAGCUGCAGACAUAGAGAAAAGACAACUCAGACCAUCCAACCGCGCUGCCCUGCGGAAACUCCAGCAGACAGAGAAGGCCACGUACAACGGUUGGGGCCACCAGGACGUGGUGCCGUGUACCAGUCUGGGCACCCUGCAGGCCGGCGUGGAGUACUGGACGGAGAACGGGCGCUGCUGCCCGCGGGCCGAGGCCUUCCUCCUUAUGGGGAUGCAGGACGGACGUGUGCUGUUCAUGGAUGUACUACAGCCGGGGGUCAAACAUCUGGAGCUACAGGCUAACAAGGAUGAGAUCAUAGAGGUGUACCAUGACACAGAGCACAACUGCCUUGUGACCAGAACCAGACAACAGGACACAGACAUUCUACAGUUCUUCUGUCUACCUGAACUCUCGCUGAUACACAUGGCCAAGAUAGGCACUGAUGUCAUAUCAUAUGCACGGAUCGGCUCCUCACUUCUAUGUGGGUGCAGCAGUGGACAAUUGGACCUUAUCACUCUAACAGAACAUAACGAAGAGUCUACAAUACUGGAGGAAGGAGACAAUGAGAGCCAGACCUCGUCAGAAGGUUCAGAAAGCCGCAGACUGAAGGCAGAACACAGCAGUGCCGUCCUGUCUGUGGAUGCCUGUCAUAACAUGGGCAUCUUCUGCACAUGCAGUGGUGAUGGAGCAGUGAAGAUCUGGGACACCCAGAAGGUGCUGGUGACAGAGAUCAUGUUGGACGACUCCCUCAGCUGUGCCUGUUUCCUUAACAACAGGGCAGACUUACUGGUGGCUUAUAAACAUCACAUCUUCACCAUACCUCAAAGAAAAGUGUGCCCGUCUUUAACUGUGCCAGAGGUUAGGGAAGAGGACUUGGAAACAGAGUCCUUAAUCUAUGAGGACCCCAGCAUGUUAUAUGAUGGGGAUGAUGAGUUAGCGGAGCCAACCAACCUCAACACCUACUUGGUACCGUUUGAGAAUCUGCAGGGGAAAAUGAACAGGCCACUUACAGGGAAAUAUAGCAUGACAGAGUUGGAGAGUGUCUCCAGUGACCUGUCCCUGGCCCCCACAGAGACGUACCUGUCCCCCUGUUCCACACCUCGAGCCUGGUCAGAGAUAGACCUGGUGCUGUCCGCUGAUGUUAGCACACAGGACCUCAAGGACAAGGAGAGGGCCUUGAGCCAAACUGGUUUCCACCGGUCUAACGACAGCAGACCGGAGACAGCGACAAAGGAGUUUAACUUCCCGCGGUACGGCAAGUCUCCCGGCCCCUCCCCACCUGGUACACCUGUCAAGUCUAAGGAGAAAGACAUGACAGAAGAGCAGAAGGAACGAAUCCAACAAGUUCUACAAAAGUGGGUGUCACAAACAGAUGAACCAGAUGAUGAGUCAGUGUCAUAUGAAGACUUCAUGAUGCAGACAGAAGAGGAACCCCUGCCUAAGCCAAAGAAGAAACAACCAGCAAAGUCAAAAGCUAAAGCCAAGUCCAAGGAUCCUCCAAUCAAGUUUGAUGAAGUGGAGGAUGGAGAAUCUAGGUUCAAACAAGCCAGUAAAAUUGACAUCAAGUCCAUCAUGAAGACAGGAAAGAAACCCAAGUCAGCACCAGGUGGAAGAUCAUCUCUAGAUGCGGCAGAGAAACUCGGUCAACAGGUGGAGCAGGAGACACGCCCAAGGUCAACUGCAACUGGCAAGAAGAAGAUAGUCAAGAAAGAGAGGAAAGUACAAGAACGAAAGACAUCUAAGAGGGGAAAGUCUGCCCUACAAGUGGAGGACAGUAGACCACCAUCUGCUCACACUGAAAAGGAGGAGGAGGAAGAGAUGGAUGAUGCAAAUGAAGAAGAGAAAGAUGACACAGAUGAAGAAUCUGUUCAGGAACCCUCUGAAGCUGGUUCUGAGGGUGUCUCGGACACACUAGAACCUCAGGUGCCACCUGGAACACCUGCAGCACCUGCCACACCUGUCAGAUCCUCCUCUCCCACCUGCAGUGAUGCAACUCAAACAGGUGGUCUUCCUCUAGCACCACCUUCUGAAGCAUCCCUCUCAGAUGGUGUCCAACCUGCUAGUGAGUUGGUACAGUCCAAACCUUCCAGUGCCAGUACCAGGAAAUCAUUCCACAGUGAGGAGGGUGAUACCACUAUUGGAGAGGUGGGGGAUUUCCUAGGUUUACUGGAACAGGAAAAGUUUUCUGCAAACAUGAGUGAAGCAAACCUGAGUAGGAGACCCAGUGUUACAGCAUCCAUGGUGUCACUGAAGAGUGAGGGGGAAAGUGCUGCAGAAGACAUGUACCAGGCCCCGGCAUCUAAGAUCGUCAUCAGUAGUAAACAGGGUACGGUGGAGUCCAUCCGACCGCAGUCCUCUAGCGAAGAUGUCACGUCCCCGUCACCUGGGCCAGCGCUGGAGUCAGACUACGAUGAGGGCAGCACUGCCAGGCCAAAUACUGCAACUUCUGGUUUUCAUGUCAGUUUCAAGUCAGCCUCACCAGAUUUAUCAGAAGGAAGAGUGCUAAUUGAUUACAGAGAGCUUCCUAAGAACGAUGGCCUUAAAUUUGAUGACCACUGGCAGGACAGAGCAAUAGAAAGAUACCAGCUGCUGAAGCUACAGAAGCAGCAGCGGAUGGAGGCUGCUAAGGAGAGACGAGCAGUCCUGGAGCUGAGACAGUGGCACAAGAGACGGUCACUCCUGGGGCAUCACGACUGUCAUGGGGAGGGGAUGGAUGGUGGUUAUGUCAGUAAGUCGGACAGCUCCCUGCACAUCUUGCCGAGGCCCCAGACUGCAGCUGCCUCCAUGGACCCUGUGUCCAGACUGUCCGGAGAAGUCAGGCCCGAUGUCUCACAGGUCAGCCCUCCAACCCAGCAGCCUAGGAGACCUGUUCACAAGGAGGGGCUGGGUCUCGAGAGGCCUUUCAGAAUAUCCAUGCGGCCCCAGUCAGGCAAGUCUUACGUGCGGAAGGAGGAUGUGUUUGAGACGGAGAACAGAAGUGCCAGCGAACCCCUGCUCAUCCGCAGACCAAGGUCAAGCAAGUCCAUCCCCAGUAAAUGCAAUCGUUUUGUCCUGUUGUCCACCGGUAACACACCUGACACACCCAAACCUGAGCCGACACCCCUGGAGGCUCGACUACUGGCACAGAGGUUCCCCCAGAGAACACUACCCAUGCAGCCUCGCACCCCGCCCAUCCCUCGCAGGAAAACUACACCAGCUUCCACCUACGCAAGCCGCAGGAAUUCAGUGCCAAGUUAUGCAACAUUACAUAGUUAGCAUUAAAGUUGAUAUAAUAUUGUUAAAGUUUUCUUUGAUUGCAGACUUGAUAUGUAUGGAUUGCCAUUGAAUCCCCAAACAUAUGAUUGUACACAACAUUGUUGCUUUUAUAAUGAUGCUUUAAUAAUAUCACUUUACUGAAGGUACAGGCAGGUUGUCCUUUAAAUGUCAUAUUCUGUAAAUAAAUACAGCUAUCCAGUAGAUUCAAGAACAAAUGCUAGUGAUAUGCAGAAUAGCCUGAUGUUGCAAUUAUGUCAUGUUUCAAGAAAUUAUCAACAGAAGACUGUUAUUUUUUAGGUGAUGUGUAAUUUACCCAUGGUUUAUCUGUAUGACCACUUAAGAGAAAUACCUAUUGUGAGAUGCUCUUGAAUUUGUUGUAUGUUGGCAGUAAAGUAUAGAUAGGAGAGAUGAAAUAUGCCAAAUGCAGUCUUUGUUGCAAGAAAAUGUAUUUUAUGUUGUACAUACAGUUGAUGUAAGCAGAGGUGCUUCUUAUGUUUCCCACCCCUAUGAGGGAAUGGCAAAUAUAUAUAUUGUUUAUUGUUACUAGUGUCUCUUCUGUAAUCUUGACUAUAUUCAAUGGCUGUGGACACAAUACAAGACACAGAACAUGA